AUGGCGAGGGCGCCCACCCGGUCAUCGCAUAUUGCCAGGGUCGUGGAAAUCGAGGGCGAGGAGGCUUGGAACGAGCAUGUACUGAAGAGCGAUAAGCCCGUGCUCGUCGACUUUUGGGCGGUCUGGUGCGGCCCCUGCAAGCUGGUGGCGCCCCUGAUGGAGUGGGCCGAGAAGGAGUAUGAAGGCCGCCUCAAAGUGGUCAAGGUCAACCACACACCCAACCCCGAGCUUGUAGCCAAGUACAAGGUGUACGGCCUGCCCACCUUGAUGGUCUUCAAGGACGGCCAGCUGGUGGAGGGCAGCCACCGGGAGGGCGCCGUGGGCAAGUCGAUACUGGUCAAGUACAUCGACCAGCACGUCCCAGCUGUGGUCACAGUGUGA